AUGUCCAAUGUAUAUAAGUUGCAUGAUUGCAUUAUAAAAUCACUCCAAAGCAGAGGACUUUCAAAACAAUUGAAAAUAGAAGGGGGGAAAGACCCCACUGUGACUAUAAUAUCUAUCAAGAAUUAUGACAAGAUAUUAGAAAGUGGAGUCAAAGCGCUACUAAGCAGUUUGAACAAUUUGUCAUCCGUUGAGCGGUUUUCAAAGGAGAGUAAGAAGGAGGGUAAAGUUUUCAGUGAAUUUAGGUUGGUGUUUCCCUUGUCAUCUCCAACUGAUGCAUGGCAAUCUAAUGCUACUAGGCCAUAG